AUGGCGGCAGCAGUCUCUCCACGGCCCUCGACUGCUUUCGAUCUACGCAACACGGCACCUUACACGAUCCGCUUGGGCCGCCAGCUGCCGUCGUGUUCUAGUAUACAGUACAAUCAUAAACCAGAUCUCUCAGAUCCUGAACAUGCCGAGUCUUCGAUUUUCCAUGCCGCCGAGGACGGCCGAGUCACGCUCGCAUUGAGAGACGGCCUCGAUGAGUACAAGUAUACCGGCACGCGCCGCCACGAUGACGAUGAAUACCUUCUAUUGCUCGACGAGGAUGGUAAAGAUUUCGUGCUAGAAAAGAUCGCUUCGUCGUACGCUCUGAAUCUGUCUCGCGCGCCUUGGGAGUCGAGCUCGAAAGUCCUGGCCGACCGAUAUCCGCAGUUGUUGUCCACCGACGACGACGAGCACGGAGAAGACUUCGAGCAUGCAGACGAUAACGACGGCGGCGUUUCGCUAGAUCCAGCUGAUGCAGAUGCUGCCAAUCCCUUCGAUUUUAGACACUACCUGGACGUUGAAGACUCGCCCAGCCCUCACCUUCCUCCCUCAAAGGCUGCACCGGCAGCCACCCCAGCAGGCUCUCAAACCUCGACAAGAACAAAUACACCAAUUGCCAAGUCCAUUCGCAAACAGACCUCUGCCUUUGCCCCAAAAACUGCCAAACUACCGCCGAAGCCGCGAACCAAACCAGUUCCUUCUGAGAUUAAUCCAGCCUCGAAGGAUGUGGCACGCUCGCCCUCUCCAGAAACACACUCCUACAACAAGGCUCAAGUCCAAGUGCCAGCUGUUCGUCUCGACCGUCGUGCUUCGACGCGGGUUGCAUUGCCUUCGAAGCCUCCGCCAAAGAAGAGAGAACCAGAAGAACUCUCGCUUGAUGAUGAGGAUGAGGAUGACGGAGAUUUGAUCCUUGAAGGCGAUGAGCCGGAGCAUAUGUCAUACCAUUCCAACAAUUCAAAAUCAAGCCUAGGUCUUGCCCUGACGAAUGGAUUGGGUGAAGGACCACGCAGCCUGCGAAGCGCGGCAAGUAGUCCCGCUGGUAGUCACAUCAACUCGCCAGCUCCACAACGACCAAGUCCACUCGCUGAACAUCGAGAAAGAGAUUAUGACGAGGAUGAACUUGUCAUGGAUCCUGAUGAAGAAGCCAAUGAAUACGAUCAUGUGGAGAGUGAUGCAGACGAAGACGGUGAUGUGGACGCUUUGCAGCUACCCAGUCCCGCGCAGGCGCAUCGACCAAGCAUCAGCGGACCGACCGUCAGUGGCGACGAUGAUUACGAUCUCGAGAAGCAAAUGCUGCUGGAGUUGGAAGGAGGCUUGGACGACUACACGGCAUCUGGACAGCCAGGUGGUGCAGACAGCGACGAAGAGAGUGAAGAAGAGUAA